AUGCCUCUAAUAGGGUGCAGAGACAAUGCAAACGUGAACUACGGCAGGCACAACUCUGUCUUCACCAAAUUGAGGGAGACCAACGAUGGAAUCCUGCGUGGCAAUUGCCAUGCACACAUCAUCCACAACACCUUGAAAAAAGCCCUUGACAGCCUCUCAGUGGAUGUGGAAAACAUAGUGCUCAAGGUGUUUGGUUUCUUUUCACUGUCAGCCAAAAGAAGAGAGUCCCUGAAAGAGUUUUGUGAGUUUUGUGAUGUUGAAUUCCAUGAAAUCCUGCGUCAUGUGGUGACAAGAUGGCUAUCUCUCAACCCUGCAAUCACACGCCUGUUGCAGAACUGGGUUCCACUGAAGUCGUACCUCGUCAGCAUUGGGGACGAAUGUCCAAGGCACCUGCAGCGAUUGCUGAGGUUGACAGAAGAUGCUGCUGAAGUGGAAGAAUCAGACACUGUCGAAGUGUAUCUGCUAUUCUGCAACAAUGUCAUGUCCCUGUUCGAAGAAGUGGUGAAGAAAUUAGAAAGGAAUUUAACCACAGCUGUGGACCUCUAUGCCAUCAUGGAAUCUUUCCUCAGAGGCCUGAAGCAGAGAAGAGAUGAUGAGUUCUACGGGUACCUGACCAAAAGAAGGCUACAGCGUCUCAUACCAUCUGAUGCUGAUGUUGCCAGGCAGGAGUUCAAAGCCUUCUUAAACCAUGCCAUCGAUUACCUUGAGAAGUGGUUUGACUACUCAGACAAAAACUGGCUCUUCAACCUACAGCCCCUCUCUCUCACAUCUGGCAAGAUUUCUUUUGAUGACCUUGAGAAGAUCAUUGAACAGCUUCGCCUGGUUGGCAGGCUAAAUCUCUGCAUGGACAACGUCUAG